AUGGCCUCCCAAGGCCAGACAUCCCCCUCUUCCCAGCUCUUCAUGUCUCAUCUCUUCUCUUCACAGAUCACAAAGAAUAUGUUACCAAGUUUAGAGAUUCAGUCAACAAAACAUAAACUGAUUAGAUUUAACAGUAAUCUAGUAUCAAUAACGUUGAUCUCCUGGAAGGGUGAAUAUAUACACCAAAGUAGGGUAACUCCAAACCCCUUGGCAUAUAAAAAAGCCAACGGUGGUAUGAAGUUACCAAACCUUAAUGUAAAAGAGGAUGAAAUUCCAUGUCCAGUUUGUUGGAGACGCCAAGACAGAGCAAGAUCAGGCAGGUUAGAAGCCGGCAGGGAUAGGCCAGUUGCUCUUUUGUUAGAUUUUAGACCCUAA